AUGAAGGUUUCUUCCUCCUGGCGAUAUACUUCGCCUCUCUGCCAGGUCAUCCUGGUCUCUUUCGUCUGCUUUGCGACCGUAGGCAUGUUCAGCGCCGUAUCAAACCUCGGCGCUGGCGGUACCCAGUCGAUCACCCUCUCCAACAUCACCAACGCCGUCCUCUAUGCCCUCUUCGCCUUGACCGGUCUGGUGUCCGGAUCCUUCAACAACAUCUUUGGUCCUCGCAUCACCCUCUUCGUUGGCAGUCUCGGAUACGCUCUCUACCUUGCUGCCCUUUGGGUUUACCAGGAGAAGGCUCAGGACUGGUUCCUGGUGCUUUCCGGCGCAGUGCUCGGCAUGUGUGCCGCACUGCUCUGGACUGCCCAGGGCUGCAUCAUGCUCUCCUAUCCCCUCGAAGCUGAGAAGGGUCGCUCCUUCAGUAUCUUCUGGGCCAUCUUCAACAGCGGCUCGCUCUUGGGCGGUCUCAUCGCUCUCGGCAUCAACCUCAAGCAGGGCGGCCUCGACGCCGUCAAGACCACCACCUACAUCGCCUUUUUCGCCAUCAUCAUGGUCGGUGUCGCACUCACUUGGACUCUCCUUCCUCCCAACCGAGUUGUCCGCACUGACGGCACUCUUGUAAAGGUCGAAAAGUCCAACACUGCGCGCCAGGAAAUCCGUGCCCUCUUCAGCACUCUCAAGCGCCGCGAGAUUCUCCUCCUCAUCCCCAUGAUGUUUGCGAGCAACUUCUUCUACCCUUACCAGGGCUCGAUCGCCUUCAAGGUGUUUGACUCGUCUGCUCGUUCGGUCAACGGCGUGGUCAAGUCGGCCGGACAGAUCAUCGGCGCGCUUCUUCUCGGCGUGCUGCUCGACAAGCUGCCCAUGUCGCGAAGGAACCGCGGCAUCUUUGGCCUGUCGCUCACCGCCAUCUUCACCAUCAUUGCCUACAGCUGGGGCAUCAAGUAUCAGAUCCCCAUCACCCGAGCCACGCAAUGGCCCAAGAAGAUCAACCACCACGACUCGGACUUCUCCGAGCCCAUCUCGAUCUUUGUGCUCUACGACAUUGGCGAUGCCUUCUACCAGGGUCUCGCAUACUGGAUCAUGGGCGCCAUCACCAACGACCCCUUCGAGCUCGCACGAUACGCCGGCAUGUACAAGGCAGUGCAGUCGGCAGGUGCAGCCGUCGCUUUCGCCAUGGACGCUACUCUGGUGCCCUACAUCAACGAGAUUGGCGCCGUGUUCGGCCUCAUGCUCUUCUCGUUCCCCUUUGCCCUCGUCGUCAUCCUCGGCAUCCGCGAGUCCAACUACGAGGUCGAGAAGCAGGUCUACGUCGACGAAACUGCCGCAGAGAACACCAACACGAUCCACGUCCUCGAGAACGGUGCUUCAGCUGCGCCCGCUUUCGACCGCCAGUCGUCCUGCAGCAGCGAGAAGAAAGUUUGA